GGUAACGGUGCACUAAAACCAGGAAUUGUACUUUGACUUGUACGUUAGCUUUAGACAGGCUACUUCAGGCUAGAAAGCUGAUCAAACAGAUGAGAGGUUCUUUACAGAGUGUGUAAAUCUUUAUAAUACACUUCUCAUAUCUAAACUCAGCUGUACUGAUGCGGUUUAAAAAGCUGUUUCUAUUUAUUCUUAAAGAGCUGAACUGAAGCACGAAGACAGAGUGCAGGUGAAAGUGAAAGCAGAGCUGAACUGAAGCACGAAGACAGAGUGCAGGUGAAAGUGAAAGCAGGAGAAUGAAGAUGAGAUUCCUGGGGAGGACCCUUCUCAUUGUCUUGAGUUUGCUACCAGCUGUUUCUACACAGAGAGGUGGAAGGGUUGUCGUUGGCUCUGAUCAGCCUGUCAUUGCUGAGGCUGGUGAUGAUGUCAUCCUGCCCUGUCACAUUUCACCCAGAGUCAGUGCUGUGGACAUGGAAGUGAGGUGGUUCAGGGAGAGAUUUGACAGACCUGUUCAUUUAUAUCAGAACCAAAAUGAUCGGCUCAGCAGACAGGACAGUGACUACCAGGGCCGCACUGCUCUCUCUCCCUCUGCACUGCAGACAGGCGAUAUCUCUCUGCAUCUGAGAAACCUACGACUCUCUGACCGGGGCGUCUAUACCUGCUCAGCUAAUGAUGGAAGAUGGGCUGAAGACGGACAGACUGAACUGAUAGUUACAGGUGGAAGGGCUGUCGUUGGCUCUGAUCAGCCUGUCAUUGCUGAGGCUGGUUAUGAUGUCAUCCUGCCCUGUCACAUUUCACCCAGAGUCAGUGCUGUGGACAUGGAAGUGAGGUGGUUCAGGGAGAGAUUUGACAGACCUGUUCAUUUAUAUCAGAACCAAAAUGAUCGGCUCAGCAGACAGGACAGUGACUACCAGGGCCGCACUGCUCUCUCUCCCUCUGCACUGCAGACAGGCGAUAUCUCUCUAAAUCUGAGAAACCUACGACUCUCUGACCAGGGCGUCUAUACCUGCUCAGCUGAUGAUGGAAGAUGGGCUGAAGACGGACAGACUGAACUGAUAGUUACAGGACGAUGGCGUGUCGUUGGCUCUGAUCAGCCUGUCAUUGCUGAGGCUGGUGAUGAUGUCAUCCUGCCCUGUCGCAUUUCACCCAGAGUCAGUGCUGUGGACAUGGAAGUGAGGUGGUUCAGGGAGAGAUUCGACAGACCUGUUCAUUUAUAUCAGAACCAAAAGUAUCAGGUCAGCAAACAGGACAGACUUUAUUGGCACCGCACUGCUCUCUCUCCCUCUGCACUGCAGACGGGUGAUAUCUCUCUGCAUCUGAGAAACAUCCAGCCCUCGGAUAGAGGCGUCUAUACUUGCUUAACUGAUGAUGGAAGAUGGAAUGAAGAAGGACAGACUGAAGUGAUAGUUACAGCUCUGGGGACCCAGCCCUCAAUCUCUAUGGACUCUACACAAGGAGAGCAGACCCGGCUGGUGUGCAGAUCAGAGGGGUGGGACCCUGAACCUGAAGUGAUCUGGAGAGACAGGGAUGGAAACAAUGUGACAUCACUGUCCAACACAACAGUGCAGAGGGACAGUCAGGGGCUCCUCAGUGUCAGCAGCUACAUCAAAAUCAAACAGCAGUCCAAUGUGUUCUCUUGUCUGGUUAGAAGUAAAAUACCCAAACCAGACUGGGAAUCCAAACUCCACAUAUCCCGGGAUUUUUUCCCAGGAGUCUCUGGAUGGAUGGUGGCUUUCUUCUUGACUUUAGCUCUCAGUAUUGGAGCCAUUCCUCCGCUGGUGAUCCAAUGGAGAAGAAUGGAUGCCAUGGAGAGAAAGUUUGAGCCUAUGGCUGCUAAGUGCCUUCGUAAGGAACUUGAGUCUGUGAAGCGAGAGGUCCUUAAAUCAGAAUGGAAGUGGAUCCUCAGCUCAGCAGUUGACAGUUUGACUCUGGACCUCGAUACAGCACACCCCCGGCUCACCCUGCCUGUGGAUGAGAAACAAGUGAGAAGGAAAAGGCAGGAUUAUAACAAUUCUCAGAGAUUUGAUUACAGGCGCUGUGUGCUGGGCAGGGAGGGCUUCACCUCAGGGAGACACUACUGGGAGCUGGGGGUGGGAGAGAAUACAUUCUGGAGAUUAGGAGUCAGCAGAGAGUCUGCCCCGAGGAAGGGGGAGUUCAGCAUGACCCCCCAGCAGGGUUACUGGACUGUGGGGUGGGAUGGAGAUGAAGAUAAAGAUGAGUUCAUUGCUCUCACUGACCCCCAGACCCCCCUCCCCCUGAGCCUGAAGCCCCAGAAGCUGGGGGUGUAUCUGGAUUAUGAGGAAGGACGGCUCUCCUUUUACAAUGUGGAGACCAGAUUUCACAUCUACACUUUCACUGACAUGGAGUUCAAUCCCAAUGAGAAACUCUAUCCAUUCUUCUGGUCGUUGGAAUACAAAGACCUUGCACUGGUGUCCCCGGGGAAGAUGAAUGACAGCUCUUUCUUUCUUCUAGUCUGGGAAUGGAUUCUUGCUGCAUCAGUUGAUGUGACUCUGGACCCUGAUACAGCACACCCCCGGCUCACCCUGUCUGCGGAAGGGAAACGAGUGAGAUGGGGAGAGACAUGGCAGGAUCUCCCUGACACUCCAGAGAGAUUUAAUUACAGGCCCUGUGUGCUGGGCAGGGAGAGCUUCACCUCGGGGAGACACUACUGGCAGGUGCAGGUGGGGGGGAAUACACUGUGGAGAUUAGGAGUCAGCAGAGAGUCUGCCGAGAGGAAGGGGAGGAUCAGCAUGACCCCCCAGCAGGGUUACUGGACUGUGACGUGGUGGAGUGGAGGUGAGUUCACUGCUCACACUAACCCCCAGACCCCCCUCCCCCGGAGCCUGAAGCCCCAGAAGCUGGGGGUGUAUCUGGAUUAUGAGGAAGGGCAGCUCUCCUUUUACAAUGUGGAGACCAGAUCUCACAUCUACACUUUCACUGACAUGGAGUUCAAUCCCAAUGAGAAACUCUAUCCAUUCUUCUGUACUGUGGAUGAGAAUACAGACCUUGUGCUGGAGUCCCCUGACCCUGACCCUGUCAGCGCUGCAGAUUAAACACACAUUGCUGUCUGAACCAGGAAACUAUUCAAACAGCUCAGACAAUCUCCUCUUCACUUUCACUGACACUCUCUCUGCACUCUUCUGGGCUGAUGAGAAGAAAUCCUCUCUCUUCCACCCUCUUACCCUGAGCCCCUCCUCUUUAUUUCUCUACACCCGCUUUCCUACUCUUCCCUUCCUGUCUCCAUCUGUUUCCCCUCCACCUCUCCAUCUCCAGAUCCCUCUUUCUCUCCUCUUCUGCUCUCCUCUCUGCCUCCCCUAUGGCUCUCCUCACUAUUUCCCUUCCCUCUGAUAUGUUAAUCCCCUCCCUUUCCCACUGUCCCUCUCCACCCUGCCUUCUCUACUCUCCCUCUCUCCUCCAUCCUCUCUACUCUCCCUCUCUCCACCCUGCCUUCUCUACUCUCCCUCUCUCCUCCAUCCUCUCUACUCUCCCUCUCUCCUCCAUCCUCUCUACUCUCCCUCUCACCACCCUGCCUUCUCUACUCUCCCUCUCUCCUCCCUGCCUUCUCUACUCUCCCUCUCUCCUCCAUCCUCUCUACUCUCCCUCUCUCCACCCUGCCUUCUCUACUCUCCCUCUCCACCCUCACUCUCUCCUCUAUCCUCUCUACUUUCCCUCGCUCCACCCUUCCCUCUCCCUCUCUCCUCUCCCUCUCUUCUCUCCUCCCUCUCCCUCUCUCCUUCAUGCCCCCUCUAAUUUUGUACUGUGAUAUUUUGUAACAGCUGUAAGUCUCCCUGGAUAAGGGUGUCUGCUAAUAAAUAAAUAAUGAUAAAAGAC